AUGAGGUUCUUGGCGAAGCACGGGUUCUCAGAUGUGUCGGAACCCCGCUUGCCUGCUGGCUGCGGCUUCUUCUCGAGGGAGAGCGUCUACCCAAUCCAUGUAGCAGCUCGCCUCUGUGACGACAAGAUCAUCCGCGCGUUGCUGGCUGAAGGUGCGGACCCACUGCAGCGGACCUCCUGUGGCCGGACAGCCGAGGACUUCGCCCAAAAGGGCAGAGGUGACAGCACCGAGGUCGUGGCACUUCUGCGGAGCCACGCCGGGAGUAAAUCUCUGUCCUGGGUGAAGAGACAGACGUAA